GAAUUAACAGACAGAAAAAUGUUGUUAAUAUUGGUAAUAUCGGCCGCUGUAGUUCUUAUGGUAGAAGGACAAGGGAAUUCCACACAAAACAGAGGAAUAACUAACAGUGUAGCGAAUCAAAGUACUCAACCGAUCAUUAACAACGCAGAAGCAAUCAAAUUAGCGGAAACGCUUGCAGAUACCGCCAAUCAGCUUCUUUCAAUUUUAAAACGAGGCAGUGCCCCAGCCGUUCUGUGUCCCAGUGGUAAAGUCCAGGCCCAGUGUAACCCAGAUCCGUGUGCAGUGUGGGACUGUUCCAAUAUUGCUGGUAUCCAAUGCGAGCGCUCGUGCGACUCAUGUGAUCCUGUUUUUAAAACACGAGGACGUGACGUCACAUCAAUUUGUGAAAUGCGGCGAAUACCUCAACCUCUUCACCUAAUGACGGCCCCUGUUUCUCCUUUCGAUACUUUUGCGUCUGAAGGUCUUCACCCACUAGAGCGACUCCUAAUUAGAGGAACCUUCCCAACCAAGUAACCUUCCUUGUGACGUUAACAAACUUUCUCCUACUCAACAACAUAGUCUUUCGAACUCCCAAUGGUGUCUUUAGUGUAUAUAUCUGUUUAUUUUAGAUAACAUGCAAUAUACCAAUGUAUGUGACAAAGUCUCUCUGAGGUGCCAAAAUCCUGCAUGUUGUUCUUCCUUAACUGUGUUAUAAACAUAAUGUAUUGGUGUGCGCAUUGACUUGAUAUUUUGCAGUAAUAUCACGUUGUGGCAUCUUUAGAAAUAAAAGUGACUGCUAUUUUUAUUUUGAUAAUUUAACGCUCAAAAUUGAAAAAAGAAUACUAUUUCGCUGGGAAAAAAAAUAAAGCUUUCUUGUAUUUGUUAUUGUACGCUUUGAAUUUUUCUUGAAAUAAAGAAUGUAUUUGUAAGGAA